AUGGGUUUCCCGAGGAGCAAGGAGCUCAUUCUGCUGCGUGAGCAAGCGGCGGUUAGCUGCUCGGUGCUGAUGGAGUCAUCUCUGUGCUGGACCUCACAUUUGGAAGGGAUCCUGUUUGGCUGCUCCGACAGUUUGACUCAGCUGUUCCCAGCCGGCCGCAGGUGCGCCGUGCCAGUGAGCUGCUCUGCGGAGGGGAGCCGCGGGUCCGGCGGCGAGAGGCGGCAGCAGGCGCUGCGGGAGAGGCUCGGGAGUGGCUGGCAAGCUGUGCUGUCAGUGCUGCCUUGGCACUGGUGUGCCAUCCCCCCGAGGCUGCUGGGGAGGGGCAGUGGAGCCGGACUCAAACGCCUAUUGCCUGUCCUUCGGCCGGGCACAGAGCCAGGAGAGAGGCUCUGGCAGCAUCUGCUGCAGGGGGCAGAUGUUCGGGGACGCAGGCUCACCGCCGAGCGCUGCCCUUCCAGGGGGCCUCAGAGGUUAAGUGCCCAUGUGUUGGAAUGUGUGCCGAAGGCCAAGGGGGGCUCCUGGGAUUGCUGCUGGGCUUGGGGAAGCUUUCUGGAAGGUGCUCUUGCCACUGGGACCAGCCCCUGUGCAGCAUCUGUGGGUUGUCCAGGCUGCAGGCUCUUGGCUGUGGAGCUGACAUCCAGCAACACCAAACCUGUGGUGCAGGAAUUCCAGAGUGUUGAGCUCUCCUGCAUCAUUAAAUCACACUGUAACACCAGAUCCCAGGAUGGAGUGAAGAAGAUCCAAGAUGGAGAAACCUCUUAUGUGUUCUUGACAAUAAAAUGCGGGAGACUUUGAACUCGUGCAGAAAUCCUGAGCAGGACCUCACUGGUGAUUAAGAACACCACCAGGAUGGACACCGCCACGUACCGCUGCGAGUGGCUGCCCCCUGCUGACACCAAAACCAUCGACGAGAUCAACAUCCAGCUGACAGUCCAAGUGAAGCCAAUGACUCUAGGUGCACUGAUGCCCAAAGCUGUGCCCGUUGGCAAGACAGCCCUCUCUGCACUGCCACGAGAGCGAGGGGUACCCAGGCCCACCUACAGCUGGUACCGCAACAGCGAGCCCUUACCGCCGGACACCAAGUCCAAGCACCACAAUUCCUCCUACACCUUGAACCCCAGCACAGGCACUCUGGUGUUCCAUGCCGUGCACAAAGGGGACACAGGUCGCUACUCCUGCAUAGCCACCAACGAUGCUGGCUUUGCCAAGUGUGAGGAGCAGGAGAUGGAAGUCUAUGACCUCAAUAUUGGUGGAUCAUUGGUGGAGUCCCUGGUGGUCCUGGCAGUUUUGGUGCUCAUCACUCUUGGGAUCUGCUGUGCCUACAGGAGAGGUUACUUUGCAAACAGCAAAGAGAGUGGGGAAAGCUACAAGACUCCAGCAAAGCCUGAUGGUGUUAACUAUAUCCGGACAGAUGAUGAGGGCGACUUCAGACACAAGUCUUCAUUUGUUAUCUAAGACUCCAAAGGAAUCCUGCAAACCAGCAAAAUCAAGUGUGAAAAUACCUCCUCCAGGAACUCAAAGCAAGAGCAAAGGAUGAAAGUGCUUGGAAGCGUUUGGAGCACACAGACCACUCGACAGCUCUGGCUCUUUUGUUUUACUUUGCCAAAGUUUCAAGUAACUCCUCACUGCCCAACUUUGCAUCUCCCCUGCCUCCUGGAGACAGCACAGGAUCACCUAAACCUCUCCUUGGACUAAAGCAGCAAUUUAAUACUCCCCAAGAGGCUGUGCUGUGGAAGUCUGUGGACUUUGCCUUCUCUUUGUGCUGCAGGGACAUGGCCAUGACACGCAAGGCUGCCAGUGGAGCAGCGCCAGGCAAAGGCGCGGCAGAUGGCCAGCAGAUGUUACAGAUGUUUUCAGCAGUGGUAGAUAUUACCAGCAGGCAGAACCCCACAGGUGCUGAUACAGCUCUAGGUGGACUUCAAGGAGUGAGAUUGAGCUGAGGGAGUCUUCCUCUCAGCAGCUUGGUGCCCAGGCCUGGCUGGUGACUUUUUACACAUUUGUGAUUGUCUUUGCUCUUUUGACCUUGCUGCUGUGCAUUAAAAGAAAGGUGGGGGGGACCUGGGUGGCCACACAACUAAACCUUCUCAGCCCUUUGCCAUAAACCUUACCCAAACCUGGCUGCUGCUUCACCUAACCUGACCCCCAGGCAGCAGCAGGCUUCUGUCCACUGCUUCAUUGCGUGCAGGUAACCCCACUCUAAUCUGCAGAAAGCCAGCCUUGGCCUCCUGCAGGCUUAGCAAGAGGCUUUUGAGGGGGGGGGGGGGAG